GUUCUCCACACACAACAAAUCCCGGCGUGCCCUUGGGCGGCCCCGAGGUGGAGGGUUCUAGAAGGCGUGACGUGAGGUCGGAGCGGGCUCCCGGAGGCGGGCGAUUUUUCGGCAGUCGCUGUGGCCGCAGCUACCGGGCCUGAGGACGCGGGCGGCCGGGAGCGUGGACGCAGCCUGCCCGUCUCUCCGGCCAUGGCCGCCCUUGGCCGGCCCUUCAGCGGUCUCCCCCUGAGCGGCGCCUCGGACUUCCUACAGCCAUCACCGGCCUUCCCGGGCCGGGCCUUCCCGCCGGGAGCCGCCGACGGUGCCGAGCUGGCCCCGCGGCCGGGACCCCGCGCUGCUGCCCCGAGCAGCCCCGGUGGGAGCGUGGCGCGUGGACGUGUCCCAGCUCCACGUAAGAAGAAACACAAGCGGGAGGAGGAAGAGGAGGAUGAUUGUCCAGUAAGGAAAAAAAGACUGACUGAGGCAGCACUCCACGCCGGGCCCGAUGGCUGGAUUCUGUGUGCGCAGCAGAACGUGCAGGGUCCCGGAGUCAGUCCAUGCACGAGUGACCUUUCUGUGCCUGGCAUGGGAGACAUUGUUUGUGAAGAGAUGGAUCAGACAAGCGCAGAAGCCCAGUGUGAUGUGGCCCGAAGGAGGCUUCAGGAGCUUGAGGACAGGAUAAUUGAUGAAGAUGAAGAAGUUGAAUCUGACAGAAAUGUUAACCACCUCCCCAGUCUUGUCCUUUCCGACACCAUGAAAACAGGCUUGAAGAGGGAACUUGAUGAAGUCUUUACAAAGAAGAUGAUUGAGUCCAUGAGCCGUCCUUCCAUGGAGCUUGUACUCUGGAAGCCUCUUCCAGAACUCCUUUCUGAUAAGCCAAAGCCAUUAUCGAAUGCUAAGAACUACACGGGAGAGAACAAGACAAGGCAUUCAGCUGCUGGCACUGCCUUCCCUCAGAGAACUGAGCUGUUCUCGGAGCCCCGGCAAGCAGGCAUGCCGCUCUACAGUAGUUUGGAGAUAGCUGCUAACACAGAAGAAGAAAUGGAACUCUAGAAACCGUUUUCUACACUAACACCAGAAUCUCGAAGGCUCUGUGUUCCGUCUUGAGCCUAUCUGCCUAUCUAAGGACUCAGAAAUUUUAUGAAACGGGUGUAAUAAUACCUCCACCUGUGAUUUGGGGUGGGACUCCCAUUAUGGGUAACCAUUUAUAGAAUUAAAUUUUUUUUUUUUGCCAAGGAAGCUUGUCUGAAAAAGAAAAGCAGUUUUCUAGGGGACUUUUUAAAGGAAAUGUUAGAUGAUAGCCUCUUCAAAGGCAAGUAUAGAAGCUCUGACUUUGGUUAUCUGUCACUUUGUCUAAAGCAUUCAGAUACUUGAAGAUUAUUCUCCUUGAGUUGAAAAGGAUGGUUAAGAAGGAUACUGUUGGUGGAACUCUAUCCCGAGAGUCGAGUCGCAAUUUAGUCUGCAGAUCUGACCUGUCUUUUAGUGGUGACUGUCCACGAUUACAAACAAGG